AUGUCGACCACCGGGGAAAUGCCAGCAGGUGGCUUAUUCAAGAACAUGGGCUCCGACAGCCCCGCCAGGCCGAGACAGCAGUUUUGUGGCAUGUUCUGCCCAGUGGAAGGUUCCUUCGACAGCAAGACUUUGGACUUCGAUGCGCUCUCUGCGUGUAGAGGCAAGCGAGACAGUCGAGUCAUUGACCGGCAAAGCGACAUCUCCCAGCCCAAGAAGGUGGAGAUCAGGGAGAGUACAGGGAAGGAAGCUCUGCAGAACCUGGAUGAUGGAAAGAGUGACCGUCUCCUGAUCAAAGGAGCGAAGAUUGUAAACGAUGACCAGUCCUUCUGCGCCGACAUUUAUAUGGAAGAUGGAGUUAUUAAACAAAUUGGGGAAAACCUCAUCGUACCCGGUGGAGUUAAAACCAUCGACGCCCAUGGGCGCAUGUUAAUGCCUGGCGGAAUCGAUGUGCACACACGAUUCCAGAUGCCUGAUCGAGGCAUGACGUCUGCUGAUGAUUUCUACCAAGGCACCAAAGCAGCACUGGCGGGAGGCACAACAAUGAUCAUUGACCACGUGGUUCCAGAGCCAGGAGUCAGUCUCAUCUCGGCCUUCGAGCAGUGGCGUGAAUGGGCCGACAGCAAGUCAUGCUGUGACUACUCUCUGCAUAUGGACAUCACUGAGUGGCAUAGAGGCAUGCAGGAAGAGAUGGAGGCCCUAGUAAAAGAUCACGGUAUCAACUCCUUCUUAGUCUACCUGGCCUAUAAGGAUCUUUUCCAGUUAACUGACACUCAGGUGUAUGAAGUGUUUAGUGUAAUUCGUGAUCUUGGUGCCAUCGCUCAGGUGCAUGCUGAAAAUGGAGACAUUGUUGCUGAGGAACAGCGCAGGAUCUUGGAGCAGGGCAUCACUGGUCCCGAAGGACAUGUGUUGAGUCGUCCUGAGGAGGUGGAAGCAGAGGCUGUUAACCGUUCUGUGACUGUGGCAAAUCAGACCAACUGCCCUUUGUAUGUCACUAAGGUGAUGAGCAAGAGUGCUGCUGAUGUCAUCGCACAAGCCAGGAAGAAGGGCACUGUUGUCUAUGGAGAGCCAAUCACCGCAAGCCUGGGAACAGACGGUUCACACUACUGGAGCAAAAACUGGGCCAAGGCAGCAGCUUACGUCACAUCCCCUCCACUGAGCCCUGACCCGACCACACCAGACUAUCUCAACUCCCUGCUCUCUUGUGGUGACCUGCAGGUGACAGGAAGUGCACAUUGUCCCUUCAACACUGCCCAACGCGCUGUGGGAAAAGAUGACUUCAGCUUGAUACCUGAAGGUGUCAAUGGGACAGAGGAGAGAAUGUCGAUUAUCUGGGACAAGUGUGUGGUGACUGGCAAGAUGGAUGAAAACCAGUUUGUGGCAGUGACCAGCACCAAUGCGGCCAAGAUUUUCAACCUAUAUCCCCGCAAGGGCCGCAUUUCAGUCGGUUCUGAUGCAGAUCUGGUACUUUGGGACCCUGACGUCACAAAGAUCAUCUCUGCCAAGAGUCACAACUCGACUGUGGAGUAUAACAUCUUUGAAGGAGUAGAGGUGCGUGGCGGUCCCCUGGUGGUGAUCAGUCAGGGUAAGAUUGUCCUGGAGGAAGGAAACCUCCACGCCACCGAAGGUUCUGGGCGCUAUGUGGCCCGCAAACCUUUCCCUGACUAUGUCUACAAGAGGAUAAAAGCUCGCAGCAGGCUGGCUGAGCUGAGGGGUGUACCAAGAGGAUUGUACGACGGUCCGGUUUGCGAGGUGUCGGUCACACCUAAAGCCAUGACGCCCGCCUCAUCUGCCAAAACGUCACCUGCAAAGCAGGCCAACCAGCAACCUGUCAGGAACCUUCAUCAAUCUGGCUUCAGUCUCUCUGGUGCUCAGAUUGACGACAACAUUCCUCGCCGAAACACCCAGCGCAUUGUGGCGCCCCCGGGCGGAAAGGCGAACAUUACCAGCCUAGGUUAG